GUCUUGUGUCAUAAACCUAUCUUGAAAGAAACAUCCUACAAUCGACAUCUCUUAUACUGUCGCCGAACCCAUAGUCAUCUCAAGACUCGUGCUAGGUCAUGUCGAGCUUGUAGCUUAGCUAAGAGGAAGUGUAAUCUCCGGUCGCCGUGUUUGCGAUGCGUUAGCAGAGGACUUGAAUGUGUCUACGAAAAUGCAGCAGCUACAGCUAUAACUGGGGAUACAGUCACGAAUACAGCCAUAAAUAGAGCCCCGGAUAUGCACUGGGGAAAGCUCGAAACUAAGAACACAUCAGAAAACGUGCUUUCCAGCCUGACAUCUGUUGUGCCGGCCCCGAAUGGUACCACAGGGCCUUUGAACAGUGGAGUAAGCAUACCGACAGGCACGGACGACAUGCAACCUAUUAUGGACUGGGAUGCGCUAGAUUUUCUUAUGACCGACAUGAUGCCUCAAAGCCCCAGGGGGCUUAUUCUACCACAUUCCCCCGAACCGGCCUCCAGGGCCAUAUCAAACCACUUAGCCUCCCAGUGCAAUGGCGACAGGACAGAUCCUACUGACAACCUUAACGAUGGCUUCAAUUUAGAGGAACCCUCGGUCGCCAAAAUUCCCUGGUCUACAGUAACAGCAUCCUCUGAAUGUUCGCCUUCCCUUCCCGUUUUUACACACCUUUCCCAGAGACCGAGCACAGACAUUCUUGCCCCAAUCCCAAUGUCAGAUCCUGUGUCGAGAUUUUCAGCAGGUUCCAUUAUGCAGAUGCUCCGUGCCUUUCCACAAAUGAUGCUUCGUAGGGAGACUUUUCCCCCUUUCAUACACGGACAUUGGCACCGUUCCUCUAAGGAGCCGUCUCUACCAAAGCCACUUAUCAAUUGCAUGGCCCUUGCACAAGUGUUCAUUUCUCAUAAUCUUGACACGAGGUCUUUUUUAUGGCACAGUAUUCGAAUGGAGUUGAGAUCCUCCGUUGAAAAGACAGAUCAACAACAGCUCUCGAAACCGUAUCUUCUCGGGUCUAUACAAUCACAGUUAAUCUACAUGAUGAUGCGAGUCAUCGAUGGCUCCCAAACAGAGCCAGACUUAAACAUGGAAAUGCUAGUCACUUGGCAGGGCCUUUGCGAAAGCUUUAAAAAGCUAUGCAAGCAACCCUUCUGUCAGGACGAGAGAGUAAACCCAAGUCAAAACUGGGAAGAUUGGGUUUUUGCUGAGUCACGAAGAAGAACGGUAAUAGUAUGGCUCGUGAUCACUCAGAUGGUCCAUAUCAAGAUUGGCGUGCCGUGUGACAUAUUCGAAGGUUUCCAAGAGAUCCCGCUCCCUUCGCCUAAGUCACUCUGGGAGGCUAAAACUCGUUCAGCAUGGCAAUCGGCAUAUGAUAUGUAUAAGACCAUGCCGCGAAUCGGUUUGGACCUUUUUGGAGACCUACUUGACGCCCAUAGACGCAGCGAUAUACGCUCAAACCAGUUGAAACUAGAUUCAUGGAAUGCUGUAAUGGAUCAUAUGGGGAUUUUACUUAAUUUUAGCACCACGAUGAUAUAAGGUGGAGAGCAAGAGGGAAGGAAAAGAAAAGAGAUGAAUUUUCUAUGAACUGAAC